AUGAAGAAACUAAUGCUGUUUGCGACUUUGGCAAUUCUGGCAGCUUAUGUCAGUGGCGCAGCACUUGAGAUUGAGAAAGAGACGGAACCUCUGGGAUUCAUUGAAAGCUUUGAAGAAAUUGAUGGGAGCUUAGCUGUAACUCCAUACGAUUUCUUAAGCAGAAUCGACACAAGAACUAACAGAAUACUUUUCAGUGGCUCAUUCAGGAGAUCGGCAGUAGCCAACGUAGUUCAAUCUCACGUUCUUACUGUAAGCUUCGGUGCACGAGGUCGUAUCUCCUCUAUUCAGACCACCGUGGACCAGUCCGCAACUGCGCGCAUUACAGCUGGGGGCGUCGGCAGUAACUAUGUUACUAUCAGAAUGCAGUCGCAGAGGGGUCGCGGCUUUAACAUCUCUGUUAACAUCCAGGGCCGAUAA